CUCCAUCAUCGUCGCUGGUGCUACUUCCCGCGACGACGGCCUCGGCACAGACCAACCCCCCCACCAUUGAUCACACAUCAUGCACGUCGGAGAUGAACGUCCUGGGUGCUCCCUCGUCUUCUUCCUGCUCGUGUGUGCGCCGACGAUGGCCGUGAAGAUGUCGUGGAGCGCGCAAUGGGCCGCGCUGGGCCCGAUCUUGAACGACAUCUUGGAGGAUUCGUGGCGGACGCAGCUUGUUCAACUCAUCGGACCGAUCACUGGCAUCAUCAUCGCGCCGGCCGUCGGUGUACACAGCGACCGUAACACGAGCAAGUACGGCCAACGUCGUCCGUACAUCUUUCUCUCAGCGCUGUCGACGAUUCUCUGCUGGUGCGUGAUGGCGUACCUCAAGGUCUGGUUCGAAGACCAGCCGACCGUGUUCGGCAUGCUCACUAUCCUCUGCUACGUAUGGAUGGACGUGACGGUCAACGUCCUUCAAACCGUGACCUUUCUGCUCAUUUCCGACGUGGCGGGGCCGCGGCAGGUCACCGGGUCCGCGAUCGCACACAUGUACGGCGUCCUCGGGCAAAUGGUCGUGUCCAUUUACAUCUCCCUCGCGAAAAACCCCAGGAACGACCCGCAGCCGUUCUUCGCGCUCCUUAUCGCGGUCAUGUUCGUCACCGUCAUGCCGGUCUGUUACUUUGUGCGCGAGAAUCCGUGGGAAGCCAUGCGCCGCAUCGCUCCAGGCUCAACCUUUGACCACCCUGCCAUCACGUCCGUGUACCCCGCGCAGACGGUAGGCAUCUGGACGGCGUGGUACGUCGGCAUCAAGACAUUGCCAGGGCCGUUGUUCGUGUACUGGCUCGCCGGCCUGUGUCUGCAAUAUGGGUACCAAAGCUACAACGGUGUUAAAACCGUGUUCUUUGGUGAAAACGUGAUGAACGGCACACAGUCGUCGUGCCGCCGCGGGUCCUCGUCUUGCACAGCCGCUCAAACCCGCUACCACGACGGCGAAGACUUGUCCACGGGCGCCGCGGACCAGUUUUACAAUGCGCUAGCCAUGUUUACACUCGUGUUUUUGCCUCUGCUGGUGCAAAAGUUUGGCGUGCGCCGGGUGGUUUUGUUCGCGUUCUUCCCCCACUGCUUCAUCUUGGCCAUGGCGUUGUAUCAUCCCCAAGCGUUUGCUGUGAUUGUCGUGGGGCUCACCGCAUUUGGCCAAAUUUGCGUGUUUGUGCUGCAAGUGCCGCUGAUUCUGCAUGUAGUGGCAAACUUCCGCGAUGAAAAGGUGCUCGGGUUGUACCUGGGCGCGUUCAACACAGCCACGUGCCUCGGGCAAAUGCUCAUGUUUGCCACCGCCGGCCUCGUCAACCGAUUCGCCGCCAGUGUCCGCCAAGGCAAUGUCGUGGCCAUUUUAAUUGGCGGCGUGUUUAGUGUGUGUGCGUUGCUGCUUGUAUUUUUCAAGUUUCACGUCAAGUUGCACAGUUGGUGAGAUGGGAGUGAGAAUUAUAGGUUUAUUUAUUCACAAAAAGAACAACAUAGUUUCGACGACUCGUUG